CAGAAAACAUAUGUAAACAAAAAAGAAAUUUUGGGAAAUUGCGUUCUUGUAAAAGAAUAAACGUUUUGUUUAUUUAAAAUUUAAUAAUAGUACAGUUUGUUUGAAAUUUAAUAAUAUUUGAUUUGAUACAAAGAUUGACUCGACAAAUAGGACGAGGAAAUCUUAAUAACAAUGGACUGCGCACCAUUAAAUUUGGCUCAUUUCCAUGAGCGAAGAUCUGAACGUUUUAUGCGGAAUCAUCGCUACGAGGAAGCCAUUAAAGCUUUGGAAACCUCAUUAAUUUACAUGCAGGAUGCCCAUAAGCGGGUGGCUUUGCCCAAAUCCAAGGAAGUUUUGGACACAUUAACGUUAGAUUUUCAGCGGAAACUGCGCCAAAUUGAGAUGAGAAAGACCCAGCAUGGAUUAAAUAAGCUAAAAGACUUUGCUCCUUUGAAAGAAACCAGUCCAAUGUUGCCUCUCCGGCCGGAAAACGGAGCAAGUGGAGCAGCAGGCUCGGCGCAAUCCGUGGCCAAGGCCAUCGACAAAACAGUCCAGGAAUUCGAUGCCAAGUUUACUUCAACCUUGGUGGCGAAGGCCACCAACACCAACUCGGAGCCUCAAAUGGAGACGCUGAACAAGAGCGAUCCUGUAAAGGAUGAACCCGUACGAGAUACAUAUGAUUACCGGCUGACUGGUAGCGGAGAUCUAGACUUGCCCUCCUUGGCACCAUUGGAGUUGCCCUCCUUCGAUUAUAGUUUGUUCACCAGCUCCUCGGCUCCUUCGUUAGCCAGUUAUGCCGGCAUGGCCGAAAGUUUCCAGAAAUAGGAUAAAGAUUUAAAGGCCCACACACUAUAUCACACUUCGUUCAGUUUGGAAGAUCUCUUUGUAAUACAGUACCCUAAGAUCCCAAAUUAAAGCACCCUUUCUAAAAAGGGCUUAGGUUAAAUGAAAUAUGUCUAAUUUAGUAUAAGCAUAUGUUAAAAAAGUUUAGAAGUGCAAUAAACAAGCCAACCA